AUGUCGCUGGCCGACUCGAAAGCGAAAUCUGAGGCCAAUAACGACACUUCUCAGAACUUACAGAAGCCUCUUCGAAACGAUCGGAGCUGCCCGAUCCAAACUCACGAUCCCCCGAGUUCAUUGAGCGUCAAACCGACAGAGACCGAGGAAGCUGCGAAGAUGAAGGUGGCAGCACCCAAGAUCUCAGCGAGGAGCUUGAAAAAAGUGGAAGAUAUCAACGAGAACCAGUGA